AUGUUGUCCAGAGUUGCUCGUCAGAAAAAUGCCAUCUUUCAUUUACGAAAGGCCAAUGCCCACCGGGCAUUGGGCAAGUCUUCGAUGCCCCGACUCCAUUCUAGUUCUGCUCGAUCGAGUCCUGUGUUGAAUUCUCCUAGCAACCCGGCACCUGAAAAGCGCAGGCCAUCUUUCCAAUCGUCGCAUCGCAACCUCGCUACCGCAGCGGAUCCGUUCGUACUCGAUCAACCGUCAUACUCGUCCAUCGUUGAUGAAUCUUCAUUGACGCAUGCUAUGGAAUCGCCGAUAAGCCCGAAAUCCUUAUUUUCGAACAUCGAAUUCGACCCGUCUUCCUUGAUCAUCGUUGAACAGGAACCCACAACCCAGCCAACAAUCUUUCGCAAAGUUCGAGGCAUUGGUGGCGAUCCCAACGAGAUGAUGGCCAAUUUCGAUAUGUCCCUCAAGGUUGGCAGAUUUGAUCGAGCCGCCACUCUGUUAACUCGUUUGAGAUCUGUUUACACGGCCGACUCUGUCGAGUUCACACACCUGCACAACCGGUAUCUGAAGGAAAUGAUCUCUCAUAUGAUCAUAUAUCGCCAGAGCGAGAUGGUUCCCCCGGUGCAAAGGUGGUUUGAGCGUGACAUGGGCGCCCUUGGCGUGAAGCCGGAUCCCAUCACGUAUGCCUCUAUGAUUCGCAUGGCGCUGCGUAUGCUCCACGGUUCUAAGCGCGACCGGACAGUCCGCCGAUACUGGGAACUUGCUAAGAAGGAGGAUCUUCACGAGGAUCUUUUGGCAGUUGAAAUCCUGACAGAUCUGGAUCUGGGUGAAUUGUCUGAGAUUUGUUCCUCCGAUUUAGGACACGCCAAAAUUGAUUUAGAAGAACUUCAAAACUCUGUCGACCUGUCGCCUCAAAACACGGAUCAAAUCGCGGAAGUUCUAGCGGCGGAUCAGAAGGGUCUUGGAUUAACUUCACUCAAGGAAUCUCUGGGCUUGUUCGCGGACAAGUUUCAAAUUUCUCUCCCCGCUGAUUUCGAAGGCACCGAAGAACAACGAAAAGAAUUGUACAACCAACUCAGACAACGGCAACUUGAGGCUGAUACAAUCAAGUCUGCAAGGAAUCGCUGGCGUGCCGAAUAUGAAGGCAUGACAAAAGCUGGAAUUGAUACAAUGACAAGCAAAAAGCAAAUAAACACUGUGAUCAGCCAAUGGCAUGGUGAUCUUGUGCUCAAAAUCAAAAAUGAACUCAAGAUGGCAGAGGAAGAAGAAGGAAAACCAAUUCGAACAACCGCGCAGUUGAACCGAUGCGAAUACUCGGUCUUCCUCAAAUGCCUUGAUGUCGACCGCCUGGCUGCGAUCACUAUUCUCGCUACAGUUGCCUCUUUCACUCGCGCGGGCGUAGACAAAGGUGUCAAAAUUUCUGCAGUUGCUUCCACCGUUGGGCGUGACAUCCAAGAUGAGUUGAUUGCGGAUGCAUGCCUUAAAAAGGCCACUAAUCAGGACUCUCGUCGUACCAAAGUCUUGAAAGAACUUCUUGGAGACCGAAAGAGCAAAACUGGCCGCAUGCGUUGGAAGAAUAUGUCUGAGAGUAUGCAAGUGGAGGAUCCUACACUGUCUUGGAACUCGCGAAUCCAAGUCAGAGUUGGUGCGGUCUUGACCUGCUUUCUCUUCGAUGUCGCCAAAGCCCCCGUCAAGAGCAAGAACGAUAAGACAGGAAAAGUGACGCGCUCCAUGCAACCCGCCUUUCAACAUCUUUACCAGAUCACAUUUGGAAAACGCCUGGGCCUCCUUCACUUGCACCCGGAGAUUGUGAAAAUAGUCAAGUCAGAACCUCCAGUGGAUCUCCUUGGUCGCCACCUUCCCAUGGUCUGCGCUCCAAAACCAUGGACAGGGGCAAAAGAUGGAGGCUACUUGAUCUAUCAAAGCAACAUCGUCCGUACUACUCCUGGUGAAGGGCUUCAGCCCCUUUAUGUCAAAACCGCCCUUGAAAAGGAUGGCUUGAAGGAAAUUCGACAUGGUCUUGAUGUUCUCGGUGGCACUGGUUGGGUUAUCAACCGAGACGUUUUUGAUGUUAUGCUUGAAGCUUGGAACUCCGGUGAAGACGUCGCAAACCUGUCGCCCUUGGAGCCAGAUCUUCAACUACCCCCCAAGCCAGAUCCCUCAGCUGGCCCUGAAGCAGAGAAGGCUUGGCAGAACCAGAUGCGCGACUUGGAAAACCAGAGGUCCGGUUUCCACUCGCAAAGAUGUUUCCAAAACUUUCAGAUGGAAGUUGCACGUUCUUUCCGUAACGAGACCUUCUACCUUCCUCAUAACAUGGAUUUCCGUGGUCGUGCCUACCCUCUUCCCCCCUACCUUAACCAGAUGGGGGCAGAUAAUGCCAGAGGCCUACUUCUUUUCAGCAAAGCCAAGCCACUUGGUGUCAAUGGUAUGCGCUGGCUGAAGAUUCACAUUGCCAAUUUGGCUGGAUUUGACAAAGCAAGCAUGGCCGAGCGUGAGCAAUUCGCUGUGGACAACCUCGACAGCAUCCUGGACUCUGCCAACAAUGGUCUCAAUGGCAAGCGAUGGUGGUUGAAGGCAGAGGAUCCAUGGCAGUGUUUGGCAGCUUGUUGCGAACUUCGCAAUGCUCUUCGUCAUCCUGACCCGCUCCAAUAUCCUUCUCGUCUGCCAGUUCACCAGGAUGGUUCUUGUAACGGCCUCCAGCACUAUGCUGCGCUUGGUGGUGAUAGCGUGGGUGCUCAGCAGGUCAACCUCGAGCCAUCUGAUAGACCAUCUGAUGUUUAUACCGGUGUAUCAGAUUAUGUGAAAAAGGCUGUGGCCGCAGACGCCGCACAAGGCCACCAGAUGGCCAAGGUGCUCGAUGGAAAGAUUACUCGAAAAAUCGUUAAGCAGACUGUCAUGACUAAUGUCUACGGUGUGACCUUCAUGGGUGCAAUGAGACAAGUUCGCAGGCAGCUCGUCGACCACUACCCGGAAAUGAGUGUUGAGCAAAAGAAAGCAGGCUCCUUGUAUAUCGCCCGCAAGAUUUUCCAAGCUCUUGGUACCAUGUUCAAUGGUGCCUCUGAGAUUCAGCACUGGCUAGGUGAUUGUGCCAGCCGUAUUACUCAGUCUAUUUCUCCCGAUCAGAUUGAUCAAAUCGCUAAGGAAGUGAUGUCGCCUAAUUCUGAUGAAUCUGCGACGGCGUCCAAGGCUUUAGAUCCAGCCAAGAGAUUCCGGUCAACCGUCAUUUGGACCACACCGCUUGGUCUUCCUGUCGUUCAACCAUACCGCACCCGCAAGGCGCGGCGUGUCCAGACUAGUCUACAAGACAUCAAUGUUGUGGACUACAGCACCGAAGACGUAGUCUCAAGACGCAAGCAGCUCCAGGCGUUCCCACCAAACUUCAUCCACUCCCUCGAUGCGACUCAUAUGAUGUUAUCCGCCAACGCGUGCGAGAGAGCCGGUCUUACUUUCUCUGCCGUGCAUGACUCCUUCUGGACUCAUGCCGGCGAUAUCGAUACCAUGAACCAUAUCCUCCGUGAUGCUUUCGUCCACAUGCACUCCGAUGAUGUUAUUGGGCGGCUUGCGGCGGAGUUUAAUAUCCGUUACAGCAAGAACUUGUUCCUCGCAAAGCUCCCCGCCAAAAACCCAAUCGCGAAGGCAAUCCGUGCUAGUCGUAAAACUGCCGGUAACAACCAGAAGAUCAUGGACCUGUUCGCUGAAUCCCGACGACAGGCUCUUUUGAGAUCGGAAGAUCCUGCUGAGCAAGCUGAAGGCCGUGCCAUGCAGACUGCAGCCGGAAUCUUUGAAUCACUUGGUGGAUCCGACAGUGAUCUCGUUAUUUCCAGCAGUUUGGGAGCCGCUGAAGUGGGUCAGAUCCCAGAAGACUUAGCUGCCGCCGAGCGCAGACCAGACGCAAACAUUGAUUUCAGCGACCCUGCCAUCUCAAGUUUGUUCACUGAGCUCGACAUGAUGGAUUCCAAGGACACUACAACAGACAAUGGAAUUAUCGAUGCCGAUGAUACAGCAGACGCAAGCACCUCGACAAAGAAGAAGCCCGCCCAAGGCGCCUACACUUGGCUCUGGUUGCCUCUUCGCUUCCGUAACGUCCCUGCCAAGGGUACUUGGGAUAUUACCCGUAUCCGUGACAGUCAAUAUUUCUUUUCUUAA